AUGCUGAAGAGCGAACUAAUACCAAGAGAGUUUCUGCUAGAGGUCGUCGAGGACAUCAGAGGUAAGAUUAUCAGACUGGGUGGGCCGAUCCUGUUCUUAGUGGAGAUGUGGCACAGCACGAUGUUGGUGUCGCUGUACAAUUGGCAUGAGCAUGUUGAGCUAGAGCUGUACACUUGUGUGGAUAUCGAAGACGGGUAUCUGGGAGCUGAGCACUGUGGCUCUGUGGAUUGCGACGCGGAGAUCUUUGACCAUGGCGACACAGACGACCUCCCCAGUGAGCUGGACACAACAGACGAGCUGGAAAUUGUAGAUUCAAAGGAGUGCUGGCACUCGGCCCUGGCGCUGCGAACUCGUCGAUCAUCGCCUGAAGCGCUGUCGCUGAUUGGAUCCGACGCGCCACAUUUACGGCUGGCACAGCCUUUGCAACACCAUUUUGGAGCCUGGAACUCUUGCGCAGCAAAUUCCACUGUUGGUCGGCGUGUGAUUGUACUGGUCAUACCAGAACUGCUGGUGGUUUGCUUGGACGGCCUGAUCGCUUCCGUUGUUGAGCGCAUGCUUAGCCAAAUCGUCACUAUCAUACCCAUUACAACUAUGUCCAUCAGCGCAUUACUCAAGACCCAGACUUCUACUUAUCAUAGCCAGCCUAGCGUAUAA